AUGUCUAACAGCUCAAGUCAAACUGUUAUUCAUCUUAAUACAACCACUACUUAUGUCUAUCGAUCUACUUUUCCUCCUUUGAUGUUUUUUGGUCUUAUUGGUCAUAUAAUUAAUAUAAUUAUAUUUACUCGACAAAAUCUUAUUUCAAAUUCAUGUUGUAAUUAUUGUCUUGCAUCAUCAUGUGUUUCUAUUAUACAAAUUCUAUUUGGUCAAUUAUUUCGUAUGUUAAAAAGUGGUUAUGGUAUACUAAUAUCAGUUCUUUGGUGGUGUCGAAUACGUAUGUUUUUCUUAUAUUCAACUUCUUUGGCAUCAAUAACUCUAAUCACACUUGCCUCUGCCGAUCGUUAUGUUUCAUCAUGUUCUCAAGUAAAAUAUCGUCAAUGGGCUAAUAUUAAAGUUGCACGACGUUUGAUUCCAAUUGUUUUAAUUAUUUCAGCUCUUUAUCAUUCACAUAUGUUAGCCUUAUUUGUUAUUCAUGAAGAUGGAGACAACGAAUGUUGGGCUCCAAAACAUUCUGCUUAUCGAUUAGGUUAUGAUAUUAGUUUUCUUAUUCUCCAUGGACUAAUCUUUCCUGUACUAUUGGGUAUAUUUGGUUUUCUUACAAUAUACAAUAUACGUCAACGACAGUGGUUUGAUCAACAAAAUGGACCAUCAAAUUUAAGACGUCAUCGUGUUCGAGAUUUUCAACGGAUGAUACUUGUCCAAACAGCUUGUACCAUUAUAUUCACACUUCCAUACGCUAUCCAUAGGUUACAUCGAACAGUAACACUUUCUCAUCAGAAAAGUUCUGAAAAAUUAGCAUGGGAACGAUUGACCAUGUCUAUAGUACGAGUACUAUGGUUUUUUCAUGAUAGUGGUGCAUUUUAUAUAUAUUCACUUUCAUCUGUGAAAUUUCGUCAUGAAUUAUUGAAAUUUCUUGAUGGACAUCUACAUCGAAAACUACAUAGAACUCCAGCUAUGAUAAUACCAUUGGAACUAUCUGAUGAAAACGAUAAGAAUAGGAAGUUGUAA